AUGGACAUCAUCAGUCUGUUCCCCAUGGAGAUAUUUUACUAUUUCACCGGAGUGAACUCUCUGCUGAGGUUCCCUCGUCUGCUGAAGUACAUGGCUUUCUUUGAGUUCAACGACAGGAUGGAAGCUGUGAUGAAGAAAGCCUACAUCUACAGGGUGAUCCGAACCUCCACAUACCUGCUGUACUCUCUGCACAUCAACGCCUGCCUCUUCUACUGGGGCUCAGACUAUGAAGGACUGGGAUCCAGCAAAUGGGUCUAUGAUGGAAGAGGCAACGCUUACAUCCGUUGUUACUACUUUGCCGUGAAGACGCUGAUCACCAUCGGAGGACUGCCAGACCCCACCACUGUCUUUGAGAUCUGCUUCCAGCUCAUCAACUAUUUCGUUGGCGUCUUUGCUUUUUCUAUCAUGAUCGGUCAGAUGAGAGAUGUGGUCGGAGCAGCCACAGCCGGUGAGAACUACUACCGGGCCUGUAUGGACAGCACCGUCAAGUACAUGAACUCCUACAACAUCCCUCAAGAAGUCCAGAACCGCAUCAAGACCUGGUACGACUACACCUGGCAGAGCCAGGGCAUGCUGG